AUCUUCAGGUGUUUUCGGAUUUGGAAAAGAAAGUGGCCCACUUUCACAAUUUCAGUGUUUUGUCACUUUCUUUAUUCCAAAAUGGAGAUCUUCGUUUCGGUGACCACUUGUUGUUGUUGUUGGCCAUCUCAUUUCCCACGUUUUAUCCUGAAGCUGUGCCUCCUCCUCCAUAGAUUCUGUUUGUUAGUAAUCAAAAAAUUUCAAAUCCCACUAAGAAAAGUUUGUUCCUUUCUCAAAUCUCCAACUAUUUAUAUUCACUUUUUUAUUGAACACGCCUCUCUAACUUUCUUCUUCUUCUUCUUCUUUUCCCCCUUUCUUGUCAUUUUCUUUUAUCUUGCUUGUUCCUCAUGUCUUAAUCUAUAACUCUAUAUCCCUUUUCAGCCAUUAUUAUUCUUAGCUUUUAUUUUUCAACGCCCUCAUGAUAUAUCUUUCUUUUUAUUUGUUUAUUUAAAGCAUUAUUUAGUUUUGGGGUUUGGCAUCAUCUCUGCCUCUAACUCAUCUCCACCGUCUUAACCUCUCGUGACACUUUUUCAGUUCCCUUUCUCACUGUUCAAACUGAAACCUACUUGCUUUGCUUCUGUCCCCGUGAAAACUUGUUUGGCGUUUAGCUCAAGUUCACAUUUUUGUUGAUAAGUAUUAAAGAACCAAGCAAUGAAUUGUGUUCUGUUGGGCUUUAUUGUUCUUGGUGCUUUUCUUGGUUUACUUUCAGAGGGAGCUUCUACGUCUAGGCCUCGUGUUAUUAAAGUAGGUGCUAUAUUCGGUUUAAACACCAUGUACGGCCAUACUGCAAGUCUUGCUUUCAAAGCUGCUGAGGAAGAUGUCAACUCUGAUCCUAGCUUCCUCGGUGGAUCAAAGCUCCGUAUUAUGAUCACUGAUGCUCAACGCAGUGGUUUCCUCAGCAUCAUGGGAGCAUUGCAGUUCAUGGAGACUGAUGUAGUGGCUAUAAUUGGUCCACAGACAUCAAUCAUGGCUCAUGUCCUGUCUCAUCUUGCUAACGAGCUUACUGUUCCUAUGUUGUCAUUCACGGCUCUUGACCCUACCCUCUCUCCACUCCAGUUCCCUUUCUUUGUCCAAACAGCACCUAACGAUCUGUUCCUGAUGCGCGCCAUUGCAGAGAUGAUCACAUACUACGGCUGGUCAGACGUAGUGGCGUUAUAUAACGAUGAUGACAACAGCAGAAACGGCGUCACAGCCUUAGGAGAUGAGCUUGAAGAGAGGCGUUGUAAGAUUUCUUACAAGGCGGUGCUUCCACUGGACGUUGUGAUUACUAGUCCAGCUGAGAUCAUAGAGGAGCUGACUAAGAUCCGAGGAAUGGAGUCUCGGAUCAUCGUUGUGAACACUUUCCCAAAUACAGGCAAAAUUAUCUUUGAGGAAGCAAAGAAACUUGGGAUGAUGGAGAAAGGCUAUGUUUGGAUAGCUACAACUUGGCUGUCUUCUCUAGUAGACUCAGAUUUCCCUCUGGAUCUUAAAUCUCUCAAUGGAGUUCUGACACUACGUCUUCACACUCCUGAUUCAAGAAAGAAAAGAGACUUUGCGGCACGGUGGAAGAAGAACAAGACUAUUGGGUUGAAUGUCUAUGGUUUGUAUGCUUAUGAUACUGUCUGGAUCAUCGCGCAAGCUGUGAAGUCAUUUCUGGAAGCUGGAGGUAAUCUAACCUUCUCUCAUGAUGCAAAGUUAAGCAACCUUAAAGGCGAAGCGUUGAAUCUAAGUGCGUUGAGCAGAUUUGAUGAAGGACCACAGCUUCUUGAUUACAUUAUGCGUACAAAGAUGUCUGGUCUAACAGGUCCGGUUCAGUUUCAUCGAGACAGAUCAAUGGUACAGCCUUCAUAUGAUAUUAUCAACGUGGUCGAUGGCCGUUUUCGCCAAAUAGGUUACUGGUCUAACCAUUCUGGUCUUUCUGUUGUGCCUCCUGAAUCGUUUUAUAACAAACCUUCUAACCGUUCUAGCUCAAACCAGCAUCUGAACUCUGUAACUUGGCCUGGAGGGACAUCGGUUACGCCUCGUGGAUGGGUUUUUCCUAACAACGGGAAGCUGUUGAGGAUCGGUGUUCCGAAUAGAGCAAGCUUCAAGGACUUUGUGUCGAGGGUCAACGGAAGCAGCAGCCACAAAGCGCAAGGGUAUUGCAUCGAUGUGUUUGAAGCUGCGGUGAAACUGCUUUCUUAUCCGGUUCCUCACGAGUUCAUUUUCUUCGGAGACGGUCUCCAGAAUCCAAACUACAAUGAUCUUGUCAACAAGGUCGCCAAUGGGGUUGACUUCGAUGCUGCUGUAGGAGAUAUAGCCAUUGUCACAAAACGAACAAGGAUUGUGGAUUAUACUCAGCCAUACAUUGAGUCAGGCCUUGUAGUUGUUGCUCCUGUGACAGCGCUUAACGAAAAUCCUUGGGCCUUCUUACGCCCUUUCACUCCUCCUAUGUGGGCUGUAACAGCUUCUUUUUUCAUGGUCGUUGGAGCUGUGAUAUGGAUUCUUGAACACCGGACAAACGAUGAGUUUCGAGGUCCCCCAAGGAGACAAAUCAUUACCAUUCUCUGGUUCACCUUCUCGACCAUGUUUUUCUCUCACAGAGAGAAUACAACGAGCACUCUUGGUCGCAUGGUGCUGCUGAUAUGGCUAUUUGUGGUUCUAAUCAUUACAUCUAGCUACACUGCGAGUCUGACAUCGAUGCUUACAGUGCAACAGCUAAAUUCACCUAUAAAAGGAGUAGAUACACUCAUCAGCAGCAGUGGUCGUAUUGGCUUCCAGGUUGGUUCAUUUGCUGAAAACUACAUGAUUGAUGAGCUCAACAUCGCCAGAUCAAGACUUGUGGCUCUCGGCUCCCCUCAAGAGUACGCUACUGCGCUUCAGAAUGGUACUGUUGCUGCAAUAGUUGAUGAACGUCCUUAUGUUGAUCUCUUUCUCUCAGACUACUGUAAGUUUGCCAUCAGAGGUCAAGAGUUCACCAGAUGCGGUUGGGGAUUUGCAUUCCCAAGAGACUCUCCUUUAGCAGUGGACAUGUCAACAGCAAUUCUUGGUCUAUCUGAAACUGGGGAGCUUCAGAGGAUCCAUGACAGAUGGCUUUCCAAAUCUAACUGCAGCAGCCCGCACGGGUCUCAGUCAGGUGACUCAGAACAGCUCAACGUGCACAGCUUCUGGGGGAUGUUCCUUGUCUGUGGUAUCGCUUGUUUUGUAGCUCUCUUUAUCCACUUUGUCAAGGUAGUCCGCAACUUCAUCAAACACAAGCCAGAAGAAGAAGAAAAGGAUAUACCUUCACCAGAGAGUUCUCGUUUGAAAAAGCUGCAGACUUUUCUAGCUUAUAUUGAUGAAAAGGAAGAGGAAUCCAAGAGAAGGUUUAAGCGCAAACGAAGCAGCCUUUCUAUGAAUGCAAAUAGUAGUAUCUCAUCUAGACAAAUAUGAAAUAAACAUAAGGUGUUCUUUGUUCAUCUGUACAUUUUAACACACACCUCAUUUGUAAGCAAAAUUGGAUUUUGUCAUAGAUGCAGAUUUGGAUAAAGAAUAAUACAUUUACCAAUCAUCCAAACUAAAGCAUAAACUUUUAACUUCAGAACUACUUGUAAGUUGCAAGACAGAAGUGGAAAACAAGCUUUUCCGGUUCGGUUUAGAGGUGUUGUGGCUAAACUCAAACAUUGAUUCAGUGGUCAGGUGGGAAUGGAAAAUGAGGGGAUAUAAUUCUGAUCUCACUCCACUAAUCAGCUUUGCUGGUUUCAUUACUUGUAAGUUGAAUUUCAACAAGUUUUGUUGCUGUUGGUCAAUCUAUUAAUAAUAUGAAUCCCAUUUAAUAUUAAAAAUUGUGUCUUUUCAUAAAAAACUGAUAUUAAUUUGAUUUUUUUUAAAGUAGUUAUACUAUCUUCAUAAGUGAGUUGUGUCUUUUCAUAAAAAUUGAGAUUACUUUUGUUUCUCCAACAUGUAACUAUUGGAAAAGUUCUAAAAUAUAACUUUUUUGUCAACAAGUUCUAAAAUAUAAUUAAAAUAUCCCAAUCAAUAAGUUUAUUUGUACAAUUAUUAGUUUUAAAAGUUGUGUCUUCUCAUUAUAAAAGACAAUUUUUUUAAAAAAUUGUUAAAAUAUUCCAACAAGUGUCUCUUCUACAAUUAUGUAUUUUUCAAAUAUAAUAAAGUGACUUUUGUCAUGAUGUGUCUAUUCAUAAUAUUUUGUAAAUGUAAUAUUUUAAAAUAACUAUCUAAAAUUUAAAGUUGCGACUUUCGUAUAGAUCUUUGAAAAUAUAUAAAUAGUUUAUCUCAAUAAAUUCCUCAUUGUAAUUUUUUCACAUUUAUUAAAAUGGUGAAGAAAAAAAAUUGUGUAUAGUUUACAUGCUUAUAAAUUCUUAGAUGAUAUUCAAAUGAAAUAUUGUCAACAAAAGAUAUUAGGUAAGAUCAUUCGACUUUGGAUGGUAAAAAAUCCUAAAUGAAAUAAUAAAAUUAUUAAUCUUAAUUUUCUUCUACUAGAUUAAAAUGUAUGUUUUUUUCUUCAGAACUGCAUUUCUGAUUAUGUAUGUUCCAUGAACAUAUAAUCCAUGUCUUAUAUAUUCAUUAUUUUAGAUUAUAUUUUAAAAAAAUUAUUAUGACUAUAUUAUUAUAAAUAUCUAAAAAUAUUCUGAUAAUUCGGUUUGUAGUGUAAUUUACUUAUUUUAUAAUAUUACAUAUUAAAAAAAUAUCGUUUUAAAUGAUUUUUUUUCUUGUUUAUAUUAUCAUGUCUUGGAGUGGAUUUUUUUGUCUGAUUUGUUUUCGUUUAUCCGGGUAUCAGAUAAAAUGUUCGGAUCUAUUUAGACAAUUUUAUUUAUGAAUAGGCCAGUAUUAUUAUCUUUAAAAAAGUAAUAGACCAGUAUUAAGAAAAUGUAGACCAUGAAUAAACAUCUUUAUAUAUCCACAUUUUAAUUUAUCAUGAGUUUGAUAUAUGUACUAUUUAUUAAUUGACUCUAAUUACACAUAAAUGGGAAUGAUUGUUGGAGAUUUAAGUGAUCUUUUAAAACACUUAAGUGUACUAUUAUAGUUUUUUAGAUGAACAAUUGAAAAUGAUUAAAUGAAACAUUACAAUUGUUGGUGAUUGCAAUUUUAACAUUAAAAAUUAAACCAAUAGAAUCUGCGUCUAAAAAUCUUUAAAUACACAAAUAGUGGGAUUAACUUAAAAGUUUUCCACUCAACAAUCUAGUUUUCUGAAUCAGGAAUUAUUGAUGAGUCCUAACCUUCAAUAGCAGAGGCUGAGAUGUUCAAAUUCAAAACUCAAUUAUACGAAUUUGAGUCUAUGAGCGGUUAUAACUAUACCAAGUUACCAAAGUAAUAUCGGGAGGAAAAAUAUAUAAAAUAGUUGUAGUUGAUAUUUGAUCAUAUAUCGAUACAAAAUUUCUUAUAAUUUUGGUUCCAUAUUUCUUUAUAUUGGGAUUAAUAUAUAAUACAAAUUUUAGCUUUUCAAUCUAAUAUUAUAAAGAAGACUAUUCUCUCACGAGAAGGAGCCACAUCACUAAUUCGAUUCACCACGUUGCGACACCUGUCCCCUUUCUUCUAAACUCACCGUUUCAUUUAUUUCGUAUUGGGUUUUGGGGUUUCUUUGACUUUGUCGUUGGGCUUCUUUCUGCACACGAUCAGCCCGUCGAACUCUACAUUCAAUAUCAAAACUGAAACGUUGCGUUUUAGAUUAGGGUUUUCGUUGUCUCUCUCUCGCGUCUCCAUUGUUCCUGCAUGGAUCGAUCUUUCAUCUUCUUCAUCCGCUACGAGAUGAUGCAGUAACUGAUCCCCUCAUAAAGCCCUCCUUAAUCACUCACACACGAUCUCCAUUCGAUGCGACCCUGGAGAGUGCAAGGCGGUGGAAGUCUACUAUAAAAAGAUAUGAAUCAUGCUUUCAUAAUCAUCCUUCAUUCUAAACUAAUCAUUAUACAAAAGGUUUGAGUCAUGGCUAACGAUUUGGUUAUCCUCUCCGAUCUACAGACUGGCCACUCUUCCUCCUCCGUUCAAGUUCGCCUGCUCCGAUUUUGGGAGGCCAGGAACGUCCGGCGUGGUGGAGAGCUUAUGUCCUAAUGAGUUGAGCAGCUGGCAAAUAAAACUCAAAGAGAGAAGAGAGAGGUUCAAGUUGUGCUCCGUGUGGACAAGGACUAGGAGGUUUCUGAUCCGAAUCCUCACAACUCCAUUGUAAGGUCUCUCAACCACAAUUGUACAGGUUCUGCUGAGUACACAAGUCUAAGAUAUCUUGAGAGCUCAUCAGCGGAAUCAAGUUCGGAUCUAGAAAGACGAGACAGAAACAUUCAAGACCUGAAACAAGAGCAGGAGCAACCAAGUCCUGUCUCUUUUCUAGAGAGGAUACGUCUGGAAGAAGAAACAGUAGAAGAGAAGAUUAGAUUGCUAGCUUUUGAUGAUUCAGGCAUGAAUCUUCUAGAAAAGGACUCAGUUCACAAGUUUGUGAAGAAAGUUCUUGAAGUUUUAAGACUGAACUGGACUAAUCUCAUGGCAAGAUGCAUCAAAGAAACAUCACUACUCGACGAAUUCUCACACGAAGCUUCUUCUAGUUCUUGAUCACACGGACGAGAUCACACCUAGCCAGGCGCAGGUAGCAUCGGAGAAGGUGAAGAAAGCACGCAAGGCAUAGGUGAAGAGGAUUGGAGUACAAGACGCAGUUUUUCCUGUGUGUUUUUUAAUGCUGAAGUCGUUUAUGUUGUUUUUUUUUUCCUUUUCUGGUGUUUGCUUUAUUAACAAGUUUGACUUUUACACUUUCCUACUUCUAUAGUUUUGGUUUUCUUAAUACCAAAUA